GACCACGGCAUCCCGGUACGAUCGUCGCAAUGAACAACCUCGCAUGGACACUCCGUGACCGUGGUCAACUAGAAGAAGCCGAGAAGAUUCAGCAACAGGUCCUAGAACUUCAAACUGAGGUUCUAGGACCACGGCAUCCUGGUACGAUCGUCGCAAUGAACAACCUCGCAUUGACACUCCGUGACCGUGGUCAACUAGAAGAAGCCGAGAAGAUGAAGCGACAGGUGCUAGAACUUCAAACUGAGGUUCUAGGACCACGGCAUCCCGAUACGAUCGUUGCAAUGAACAACCUCGCAUUGACACUCCGUGACCGUGGUCAACUAGAAGAAGCCGAGAAGAUUCAGCGACAGGUGCUAGAACUUCAAACUGAGGUUCUAGGACCACGGCAUCCCAGUACGAUCGUUGCAAUGAACAACCUCGCAUUGACACUCCGUGACCGUGGUCAACUAGAAGAAGCCGAGAAGAUGAAGCGACAGGUCCUAGAACUUCGAACUGAGGUUCUAGGACCACGGCAUCCCGACACGAUUGUCUCAAUGAACAACCUUGCAUGGACACUCGGUGACCGUGGUCAACUAGAGGAGGCUGAGAAGAUUCAACGACAGGCCCUGGAACUUCUAACAGAGAUCUUAGGAUCGCAGCAUCCUCAUACGGUCAUAGCAAUGAGGAAUUAUGACCAGAUACUGCGGGAGUGUGUCAAACUGAAAGAGGCUGAGAAGCUUGAACAAGAUGCUGUGAUUGUUCAAAGCAACUCUGGGCAUGUAAUGAUACUUGUACUGAUGGCAUUCCACAAAUGUUCACUUUUCAUAGACCAAUCCCAGGUCCCUUCCUUGUCAAAUAUGAACAUGGUCCGUUCGGGUGAACAAAGUGGCUCGAGUUUCCAUCAACACCACAAGUCAGCGGCGGAUCAAAUGCUCGGCUUCUGGUGGUUUAGGCCGAGGAGCAUGACGUACUGGCGCGGUAUUGCCAUAGACGUGUCCCCUGGCCCGUUCAUUCUCUUCUUCAAUAUCACUCAGAAGUUACCUCAGUGUAGAGUGGUAGAACGAGAAGACAUUGUGGUCGAGUCGACCCUGGCAAUACCCCCAAAGGAAACGACACAGGUGUCAGUCGUCUGGUCCUCCAUUAUGGACGACUUGAGAAAUUGGGUAUUGAGACUGAAGGAUAUGAUCUAUAUGAGUAUUGGAGCAUGCUCGUCACCUUCAUUCUCAUUCGCCAAACCUCUGGUUUUGGGCCUGCAAGGAGCGUUUGCAAGAAGGUACACACCGAACGCCACAUCAAGUCGAGUCGUGAUCCUUCAGGACUCGAAAGAACCUUUAUCAGUAGCCGCUGAAGGGAAAACGUCUUCGGGAAUGGUCGAAUUGGAUGUGCCUGGUUGUGGCACUCGGACCACCAGGGUGGUGCUAAUGGUACUACUUUGUAUCCCAAAGCUGGGGAAGGUUAGGAAACACGCUCGCGACGGAGUUUUAAAAAACACUGCUUGGUUGGACUCGGCCUUAUAA